AUAAGGGUAAGAUAGAAAAAUACACUUUUUAGUUGUGAUUUUUACAAGUAAUAUGAGACGGAAAGAGUAAUAAAAUGGCGAGCAGAUCUUGACCAUAUGAUUAGAAAGAAAGAAACUUUUUGCUGGUCCUAUUGUCAUACUACUAUAAAACUUUUUUCCCUAAAAGAGUGAGAGAGGAAUUUUUGCGUUUUUUUUUUUUUUUUUGGGGUCUGGGGGGUGGGGGAGGAAAGAGUCUUUAGUUUUCUGUUGUGAUUUGGUUUUUUAAGUCCCAAAUAUGUUGCUAGUCUUAUGGUCAUUAAAUAUUGAAUUUUUCAUAAAAGGAUUAUUGAAAUUUUGAUUUUUGAACAUUUAAUAAUUCUCUGUCUUAGUGAAGGGGAGAUUACAUGGAUAUGGAAUUGAAAGAGUCUCCUUUUUUUGUGGGUCUGAUCAUUUACUUCCCAAAAAAAGUGCCAUUUUUAUUUAUUUGAGAGAUUAGCUACUAUAACGCAAUACUCAAAACAGCCUUGGUGAUGAUCUGUAUCCAACUCCAUAUUUUUUAAUCAGUGAAUUUUACAAAAUUUUACUCAAUGGAAGAAGAUCAAGAUUUGAAGUACUUUUGCAAGCUGUGUAACAAGAGGUUUCCAUGUGGUAAGUCAUUUGGUGGUCACAUGAGGUCUCAUGUACUAGCAAAUCCAGCUAAAUUAAAUCAAAAAGUUGAAUUCAAACAGAAAAAGUUGCAAUCUUGGAGUACUGAUAAUGGUGGGAAGAAUAAUAGCCAGAGAGAUCAUAAAUCAUCACAGUUUGAACUAGGUGAACAUUCUGGUUAUGGACUUAGAGACAACCCCAAAAAAACUUGGAGGGCUUCCGAUUCGCGGUCAUCCCCUAUGUUGCCUCAAGAGAAUGUUUGUCAACAAUGUGGUAAGGUUUUUCAAUCACUUAAAGCGUUGUGUGGCCACAUGGCGUGUCACUCUGGCAAAGAUAGGGGCUCGAAAGAUGAUCACUCGUGGACUAGCGAAAACAAGAAUUUGGUGAUCGAUAGCAACUCGGAUACUGAAGCUGAGGAGCCAAGGCUGAGGAGCAGAUCAAAGAUUACUAAAAGGUACAAUAAACUUGUAGCUGCUAAGUCUUCUUCAAUUUGCUUGGUUAACAAUAAUAGAAGUGUUUCCUCAUCGGUUUCUGAGAUUGAUGAGCAAGAUCAAGAGGAAGUAGCUAAGUGUUUGAUGAUGUUGUCUAUGGAUUCUGGGAUUUGGCAUGGUGUCAAUUCAGUUGUUGAGUCUUCUGACAACAAUUCUGUUAUUUUGGAGACGAAAUCAUCAUCUGUCGAGAUGAAAAUAGCUAGAAAGGAUAGUUUAAAAUGUGCUGACAAUGUAGAUGAAGCACAUCGAAGGUGCAAAAAAAAGGCGGACAGAAACUUGAAACUUAGUGUUUUGAAUGCUGAAGCUCAAUCUGAAAACUCUGAUUCCGGGUACUUUUUAGUUGAAUCAGAUGCAUCUGUUGAUGAGUUCCAUAGAAACGGUAACUACCAAUGGAAUACGUCUAACAAGAGCCUUGGAGUUUUGCGCGAUGAGUCUAGAAGAGACACAGAAAAGGGCUUAAACAGAACAAAAAAGUACAUAACAGAAAUAAGGAAUGGAUCAACCAAGGAAUAUAAAUAUGAUAGCUAUGGAAUGGCUUCAAAUUUGGUAAAGAGUGAAUCAAAAAAGAGAACUAAGGAUAGUUCUUAUGACACGGAAUUAGGAAAUGAGUCGUCGUAUAGGAAGAUAAAGCUCGAAUUAAAAGUUCCUGAAGGAUACAAACAAACUCAGAAAAAGAAAAAGUAUGAGUGCUUCAACUGCAAGAAGACUUUUAGCUCUUAUCAGGCUCUUGGUGGACACCGACCCUGCAACAAAAAAGCCAAUGCCUAUUUCGAAUCAACAUAUGAUCAAAUCGUUGAGAACAGUCGUGAUGCUGAUAAUGGUCCUAAUUACAUAGACAAGGGAAAGCAUAGGGAGACAUUCAGCAAUAAACCGGCUGCUCGUGCUCAAGAUGUCGUUUAUAAUCCUGAAAAGAAGAUGAAACCUAAGAAAUUCAAAGGACACGAAUGCCCAUUCUGUAACAGGAUGUUUAAGUCUGGCCAAGCUUUAGGUGGCCACAAAAGGUCGCAUUUCCUUGUUGGUUCGCAGGAGAAUCACAAUCAAGCUUCAACAGUCAAAGGAGAAUUUGCUGAUUUACUUGAUCUUAACCUUCCUGCUCCUGUUGAGGAUGUGAACGGUGAACCUGCCUUUGCGCAUUGGUAGUUCAUUAUAAAAAAAAAGCGCUAUAUUUGCUCGUAAGCUGAUUUUUAUUAGGCAGAAGCAGUGGUAGAUUAUAUAGACAACAAGCAGGUCUAGUUUCUCACUUGUCAUCCCUGCAUUCUUUGUAAUCGGUUGUAUGAACCUUACAUCACUGCUUCAAGUUUUGUUAGUUAAGUUCAUUCAUUUCUACAACUUUGAGACAUUCUCAUGUCCAUGUUUUUUGUUAUUUCUAUAAUUAGUGUUCUCACUUUAAAGACUAGUUUUCCCUUCUGUUUUGUCAUUUGAAAAAUCCAAGGAAGUUGUUAA